AUACAGUUAACAGUCAGAAUGGCUUGCAAUAAAAGAAUUCGAGAUUUUUCGCCAAAAACACAAUGCAGAGAGAAAAGAGCUACAGAAGUAAUUGCUGAAGAAGAAUGUAAACAUAAAUUAAAAUUUCCUCCAUGGCAUAUUCCUUACAUGGAAAAACAUCGCAUUUACGAAUUAUUUCACGAGUUAGCAAGAGAAUUGGUUAUUCAACAACCUGCCGACCAUGUCCUCUUUUUAAAACAAAUUCUUUUACAAGCAGUUAACAGUAGAGAUGUCACGAGAAUUGUAAUUUUGGCUUCUCCGAAAGUUAAUUGCAUAGAAAUUGCUGAACAGAUGGGCGCAAAAACGCGAAAGCUGGUCAUUGCCGAUGAAGAUAUCAAUGCAUUUUAUAAACCAAGACCCAGAAAAGAUUUAAACCCAAAACAAUUUGCACGAGUUCUCGGCUAUCUUAUUAGAAAUAAAAAAGCUUCUUCGUCCGGAUGGAUCCUUGCUGAAUGCGUUAAAACAAUUGACGAAGCAAAAGCCAUGCUUAAGGCUGGAAUUUUACCAACACACGUUUUGCACUUAAUUCCUCCCUUUCUUCCACCGUUAUGUGAAUUAAUGUACUGUAACGUUCAUGCUUAUUGGCCCGAAUAUAGGAGAAACAUAAUGGGAAUAAGAGAUGUAUUUAAACACUGUUUAGUGGAAGUUUUCUUGAAAGAUCAAGAUAUUGUAGAAGUGAUUACUCGAUGUGCAGAAUUAACAAAUAUUCGUAAAGCUAUCGUUCCAUUAAGACCUACAAGGAUUGUAAUUCUGGGUCCGAAAGGUUGUGGAAGAAAAACUCAGGCGAAAAUGUUUAACUCUCGUAUGGGCCUCAUCCAUGUUGAUUUUGAACAACUCCUCAAUCAAGCUUGGAUUUCGGACUCUGAAUUAGGUAAACAGUUGAGGGCUUGUAAGGAUGAAGUCUGUUUUCAAUCGGAUUUAUUAUCUCAAAUAAUUAACAAAAGAAUUUUGGAGGACGAUUGCUUAGAAAAGGGGUGGGUUCUCACUGGAUUUCCUAAUAAUGAAAUUGACUUUCGACAUCUUGAUACCCUCGAUACACCUCCCAACAGAGUUGUUUUUCUGGAAUGCGAUUUAAAUGUUUGUCGGGAAAGACUUAAGAAUAAACGAAUAAACGUUUUUACUGGUUCUGAAACUGAUAUAAAGUUGAACCCUGAAUUAACAAUUGGUAAAAAGUUAGCAGUUCAUCCAAAGGACCGAAUUGAAGUUAUCAAUGCAGAGAUAACAUAUUACUGCGAGAAUUACGGAUACAUGAGGAAUUAUUGUGGCGAAACAGCAACAGUGAUCAAUGCUAAUCAAUCGGAGAGAUGGGUUUUUGAAUGCAUUGCCGCCCUUAUAACACAAGCUUCACCAAACUGUCCACCCCGCAAUCCUUGCAAGGGAAGCGAAGGAUCUGACAAUCUAUUGACAAGUUCUGGUACAACCGAAUCAAUCGUAUCACAGAAACCAGAAAAACCAGAAUUUUUAUACAAGUGCAAAUAAUGAAAUAUUCACUUUAUUGCAGA